AUUCAGCAUUGGUACAUAAUCACUUGGCUGGCAUUUCCUUAUUCUACCUGAUACUCUACCCAUGCUUAGAUGUUUAGUAUCGUUCUUUACUAGCCUUAUUACCUGUUGUUGUGAUUACAUGGCCCUUAAACUGCCUCACUACUUGUGAUCGUUAUCAUGCAUCCUGGUAGACAUGUUCAUAUUGACUAUGAUUCUCGACUGGUAGUAUCACAGGUACUUGAUUAUAGACAUCAUAUUAUCGGUUAUGACACAUGACAAGUAGGCAAAUAACUUGUUUUAUAUAUAUGUAUAUAUACAUAUAUGUAUAUAUGUAGAGUUGGGUUGUCUUAUGUUCAGUCAUGGAUUCACAUGGUUAAUUUGGAUAUAUGUACCGAUUUAUUUUGUUUAGUUAAGUUUCCUUUCAUUGUGCCUGGAUCAUGAUAAUCGGUUUUAUGUAAUGGUUUUGUUUUAGAAUAGUUAUCUCUUUUCUCGUGAUCUCGGAUUUAAAAAAAAUGCUUUUAUGUAAAGGAACCAGAGAAUGGAGGUGAUUUGUAUUUUGAUUGUGGGGACUGGAGUGAUAUGUUCAGUGUAUUCGGAGAUUGGAGGGCUUGUCAUGUCUAUAGGGUUCGGAGGAAACAUUAUCAAUCAUGCUGCUGGUUAUUGUAGUGUGAGUCAUGUGCUUGAUGGUUGUAACAGUAGGAUGUGUAUAUCCUAUUUUGAUAAAUUAUUGUAUGCUUUGUAUCCCGCUGUCGUGCAUGCAUAGCAAAGACUGUGUCCAUGUAGACAAGAAGUUUUGUGCAUAUGAUGUAUCUAUAGACAAGAAGUUUUGCCUAGACCUAAUCAAGCAAUUUUUCGAAUCCGUCCAGUUAAUAGGUGCUUUGCUACUAUUGCCGGUGAUGGUGAGAGCUUCAACAUUACGUACUACGGUGGGUUCAAGCGCCUCUUCGUCACGGGCAACGACAACACCAAGUCAUGUUGGGUCGUCUUCAAUUGGGUCUGAUUUACCUUCAUCCCCUCCUGAUACAGCAAAUUCUACAAGAGUGAGGAAGAAGGGUCGGGGGGUGACUAAAAAUGUUAAGUGGUUUAAAAAGUUUAAGCCGGGAGAAAAGAGUGCAGUAACGAUCGAUAAUGACUUAAGAAGAGUAGUGGCAAGUGAUGUUGUACAUUUUUGUUGGGAUCAAAAAAUUUUGAAAUUUGAAAUUCAAAUUGAGAAUAUAGAAGGAAGGGGAUAAAAUGAAUUGAGGUGAUUAAUAGUUGCCAUAGAUGACCAACUACUAAAAGGAAAAGAAAUAAAAAUAUAUUGUUACCUUAUUUUUAAAAAUAUUUGAAUUGUUGCCCAAAAUGAAGAGGUCCAAAAAAACCACUAUAAAUUGGACCAUGAGAUUCAAAAAUAAAUUCUCUGAGAGAGAGGGGGAAAAAAAAAAGAAACAAAAAGAAACAAAAAAAAGCAAAAAAAAAAGAGAAAAGAAGAACAAAAAAAAGAAAAAGAAAAAGAAAAAGAAAAUCUUUUGUUCAUCCCCCCCAUUCUCUUGCCGUGCAUCAGCAACAAAGGGAGGGGGUGUGCUCACAGCACACCCCCCAAUCCGUACACAAAAGAACAAAGAAAGAAAGUCGUCUCUUUCAUUUUGCGGCGGCGCGGCGACGACAACGACAACGACGACUUCGACAACGGCGGCUGUGACGACUUCGACGACGACAACGGUGUGCAAGGAGGCCUCAUGACCUCCUCUUUCUUCUUCUUCCCCGACGACGGCGGAUUGGUGUAUACGUGCAAAUGUAUAGUCACGAUUUAUUUGUUGGUUUGAUCAACACGACUGUCUUCGUUUUAGGUUGACCCGAUCAAAUCCGGCAUUGGAUCGUUACUAUAUCGUACGCACGUAUUCACUAAACGUCCAUCUCCUCAACAUCGACGAAAGAUUUACACGAGCGUGCGAAUGACGCGACGACGAACCUCCAACCGAUUUGAUUGUGCGGCCGUUUUCGUGAUAGGCUCGACACGCUCAAAUCUCAAAAAAAAUAAAUGAUAAUAAAAUAAAAUAAGAUAAUAAAAUAAAUAUUUGAAUUGCCGUCUUCGUGAUAGGCUAGAUCCAAUUUGACAUAAACCGGGUCGCUGUCUUCGUGAUAGGCUUGACCCGAGUCCGAUUAAUUGAGACGGGUCGCCGUCUUCGUGAUAGGCUUGACCCGAGU